CGCGGCCAGCGGGCGCACCAGCGCUCCCCGCACCCCGCCUGGCCCUGCCGGCCACCCCCGCGCGCAGCCUCGUCCCCCAGCGCCCUGCGCCGCCCGCGCCCCGUCCCGCCCGCACACCCCCGCGAUGCCGCUCGGCGUCGCCUGGACGCUGCUGGUGGCCGCGGCCCUGGGGCUCGGGGCGCGCGGGGUGCGCGGCGCGGUGGCUCUUGCCGACUUCUACCCGUUCGGCGCCGCGCGCGGCGACGCCGUCACCCCCAAGCAGGACGACGGCGGCUCGGGGCUGCGGCCGCUCUCCGUGCCCUUUCCGUUCUUCGGCGCCGAGCACUCCGGACUCUACGUGAACAACAACGGAAUCAUCUCCUUCUUGAAGGAGGUUUCUCAGUUCACCCCAGUGGCCUUCCCCAUUGCCAAGGACCGCUGCGUGGUGGCAGCCUUCUGGGCAGAUGUGGACAACCGGCGUGCAGGUGAUGUGUACUACCGGGAGGCCACCGACCCAGCCACGCUGCGCCGAGCCACGGAGGAUGUCAGACACUACUUCCCCGAGCUCCUGGACUUCAAUGCCACCUGGGUUUUUGUUGCCACCUGGUACCGAGUGACCUUCUUUGGAGGCAGUUCCUCAUCCCCUGUCAACACAUUCCAGACUGUGCUCAUCACAGACGGCAAGCUCUCCUUCACCAUCUUCAACUAUGAGUCCAUCGCAUGGACCACAGGCACACACGCCAGCAGCGGGGGCAACGCCACUGGCCUGGGGGGCAUUGCAGCCCAGGCUGGCUUCAAUGCAGGCGAUGGGCAGCGUUACUUCAGUAUCCCCGGCUCACGCACGGCAGACAUGGCCGAGGUGGAGACCACCACCAACGUGGGUGUGCCCGGGCGCUGGGCGUUCAGAAUCGAUGAUGCCCAGGUGCGCGUGGGGGGCUGCGGCCAUACAACCUCCGUGUGCCUGACCCUGCGCCCCUGCCUCAACGGUGGCAAGUGCAUCGACGACUGUGUCACGGGCAACCCCUCCUACACCUGCUCCUGCCUCUCGGGCUUCACGGGGCGGAGGUGCCACGUGGACGUGAACGAAUGUGCCUCCCAGCCCUGUCAGAACGGCGGGACCUGCACUCAUGGCAUCAACAGCUUCCGCUGCCAGUGCCCGGCCGGCUUUGGGGGACCCACCUGUGAGACAGCCCAGUCCCCCUGUGACACCAAAGAGUGUCAAAAUGGUGGCCAGUGCCAGGUGGAGAACGGCUCUGCGGUGUGUGUGUGCCAGGCUGGAUACACUGGAGCAGCUUGCGAGACGGAUGUGGACGACUGCAGCCCUGACCCCUGCCUGAACGGAGGCUCUUGUGUUGACCUAGUGGGGAAUUACACCUGCUUGUGUGCAGAGCCCUUCAAGGGACUUCACUGUGAGACAGGAGACCACCCAGUGCCCGACGCCUGCCUCUCGGCCCCUUGCCACAAUGGGGGCACCUGUGUGGAUGCGGACCAGGGCUACGUGUGCGAGUGCCCCGAAGGCUUCAUGGGCCUGGACUGCAGGCAGAGAGUCCCCGAUGACUGUGAGUGCCGUAACGGAGGCAGAUGCCUGGGCGCCAACACCACCCUCUGCCAGUGCCCCCCGGGAUUCUUUGGGCUUCUCUGUGAAUUUGAAAUCACAGCCAUGCCCUGCAACAUGAACACACAGUGCCCAGACGGCGGCUACUGCAUGGAGCACGGUGGGAGCUACCUCUGCGUCUGCCACACCGACCACAAUGCCAGCCACUCCCUGCCAUCACCCUGCGACUCGGACCCCUGCUUCAACGGAGGCUCCUGCGAUGCCCAUGACGACUCCUACAUCUGCGAGUGCCCGCGCGGUUUCCACGGCAAGCACUGCGAGAAAGCCCGGCCACACCUAUGCAGCUCCGGGCCCUGCCGGAACGGGGGCACGUGCAAGGAGGCAGGCGGCGAGUACCACUGCAGCUGCCCCUACCGCUUCACCGGGAGGCACUGUGAGAUCGGGAAGCCAGACUCAUGCGCCUCUGGCCCCUGUCACAACGGCGGCACCUGCUUCCACUACAUUGGCAAAUACAAAUGUGACUGCCCCCCAGGCUUCUCCGGGCGGCACUGCGAGAUAGGUAAGGUGGGUGGGAGGCCAGACCAGGGCGGCCGGGGGAACCCUCUCUGCAGAUGUGAAAACAGGCCCGUGGGCAGGGCUGGUCCAGGCCCUGGAGGCGCAGGAGGUGGAGCUGGGCGCAGGAGGCAGGACGCCCCAUGCAGUCCCGAGCCUUCAGGGAAGACACAGUGGCCAGGACCCUCCUGCAUUCUGGCAGCCCCCUCCCCCUGCUUCCGGAGCCCGUGUGUGAAUGGGGGCACCUGCGAGGACCGAGGCACGGGUUUCUUCUGCCACUGCCAAGCAGGGUACACGGGACGCCGGUGCCAGGCAGAGGUGGACUGCGGCCCCCCAGAGGAGGUGAAGCACGCCACACUGCGCUUCAACGGCACGCGGCUGGGCGCCGUGGCCCUGUAUGCAUGUGACCGUGGCUACAGCCUGAGCGCCCCCAGCCGCAUCCGGGUCUGUCAGCCACAUGGUGUCUGGAGUGAGCCUCCGCAGUGCCUUGAAAUUGAUGAGUGCCGGUCUCAGCCGUGCCUGCAUGGGGGCUCUUGCCAGGACCACGUCGCUGGGUACCUGUGCCUCUGCAGCACAGGCUACGAGGGCACCCACUGCGAGCUGGAGAGGGAUGAGUGCCGAGCUCACCUCUGCAGAAAUGGAGGCUCCUGCAGGAACCUCCCGGGGGCCUAUGUCUGCCAGUGCCCUGCAGGCUUCGUUGGAGUCCACUGUGAGACAGAGGUGGACGCCUGCGACUCCAGCCCCUGCCAGCACGGAGGCCGGUGUGAGAGUGGCGGCGGGGCCUACCUGUGCGUCUGCCCAGAGGGCUUCUUCGGCUACCACUGCGAGACAGCGAGUGACCCCUGCUUCUCCAGCCCCUGUGGGGGCCGUGGCUACUGCCUGGCCAGCAACGGCUCCCACAGCUGCACCUGCAAAGUGGGCUACACGGGCAAGGACUGUGCCAAAGAGCUCUUCCCACCGACGGCCCUCAAGAUGGAGAGAGUAGAGGAGAGUGGAGUCUCCAUCUCCUGGAACCCGCCCGACGGCCCAGCCGCGAGGCAGAUGCUUGAUGGCUACGCGGUCACCUACGUCUCCUCCGAUGGCUCCUACCGCCGCACGGACUUUGUGGACAGGACCCGCUCCUCGCACCAGCUCCGGGCCCUGGUGGCCGGCAGGGCUUACAACAUCUCCGUCUUCUCAGUCAAGCGCAACACUAACAACAAGAAUGACAUCAGCAGGCCUGCCGUGCUGCUGGCCCGCACGCGACCCCGCCCUGUGGAAGGCUUCGAGGUCACCAAUGUGACAGCCAGCACCAUCUCGGUGCAGUGGGCCCUGCACAGGAUCCACCAUGCCACCGUCAGUGGGGUCCGCGUGUCCAUCCGCCACCCUGAGGCCCUCAGAGACCAGGCCACUGAUGUGGAGAGGAGUGUGGACAGGUUCACCUUUGGGGCUCUGCUGCCUGGGAGGAGGUACACCAUCCAGCUGACCACCCUCAGUGGGCUCAGGGGAGAGGAGCACCCCACGGAGAGCCUGGCCACCGCGCCAACACACGUGUGGACCCGGCCCCUGCCUCCAGCAAACCUGACGGCCGCCCGAGUCACGGCCACCUCUGCCCACGUGGUCUGGGAUGCCCCGACUCCAGGCAGCUUGCUGGAGGCUUAUGUCAUCAAUGUGACCACCAGCCAGAGCACCAAGAGCCGCUACGUCCCCAAUGGGAAGCUGGCGUCCUACACAGUGCGCGACCUGCUGCCGGGACGGCGGUACCAGCUCUCCGUGACGGCCGUGCAGGGCACGGAGCUCGGGCCACUGCACAGCGAGCCCGCCCACCUCUACAUCAUCACCUCCCCCAGGGAUGGCGCUGACAGACGCUGGCACCAGGGAGGACACCACCCUCGGGUGCUCAGGAACAGACCGCCCCCGGCGCGCCUGCCGGAGCUGCGCCUGCUGAAUGACCACAGCGCCCCCGAGACCCCCACCCAGCCCCCCAGGUUCUCGGAGCUUGUGGACGGCAGAGGAAGAGUGAGCGCCAGGUUCGGCAGCUCACCCAGCAAAGCAGCCACCGUGAGAUCACAACCCACAGCCUCAGCGCAGCUCGAGCACACCGAGGAAGCCCCCAAGCAGGUCAGCCUGGCCCUCCAGCUCCCUGAACACGGCAACAAGGACCUCGGGAACGUCCCUGGGAACUGUUCAGAAAACUUCUGUCAGAAUGGAGGCACCUGUGUGCCGGGCGCGGACGCUCACAGCUGUGACUGCGGCCCAGGGUUCAAAGGCAGACGCUGCGAGCUCGCCUGUAUAAAGGUGUCCCGCCCCUGCACAAGGCUGUUCUCCGAGACAAAGUCCUUUCCAGUCUGGGAGGGAGGCGUCUGUCACCACGUGUAUAAAAGAGUCUACAGAGUUCACCAGGACAUCUGCUUCAAAGAGAGCUGUGAAAGCACAAGCCCCAAGAAGACCCCGAACAGGAAACAAAGUAAGAGUCAGACACUGGAGAAAUCUUAAGGAUUUAAGACGUUCUUGUUACACUCCACCAACCUCACGAGUUUCUAAAACCCAGGAAGAUGAGGUCUAAAAACUGGAUGAAAAAGGACACCCUGAGAGAAAAGGUCCUCGCUGGAGUCGGUCCCCUCUGGGACCUCUCUCCUCACGCCUCUAGAAGACAGAUGGCCAGGCCUGUGCACACACCAGCCCGCCCUGAGAGUCCCCUCUGGGACCAAUCACCUAUGAGUCCUGCGAUGCAUUAAGCAGCCUGUGCCCUCACCCAGGCUGCUGUUCCCGAAGGUGUGGUCUGUGCCUGUGCGGAUGGGAUGACAGCUGGCCAUUCCCCGGGAUCAGUGAGGCUGUCAGCCUUGCUUCUGCAGUAUUCGGAAACCUGUUCUUACACUCCAAAGCCAGAGAAAGAAUUCUGCCUUCGAGGCCUAAUAAAUUGAGAAGGAACCGUGAUGGACCACUUCCAAAACAGAGAUGGGGGGCAGCGGCCGAAGGGCAGAGACCAGGUGAUGCUGGGAGGAAAGCCGGGUUGCAGACACAGCUGCCCCUGCUCUGGUCCUUCAGCGUGUUUAUGAUGCUCGUGCAGGUCGACAAGCCAUCCUACGGACUAGGACAAUUCAGAAGAGGAAAUGGUAACACGAAGGUGGAGUUCAGACUCUCAGACAACAGCAGGGCUGGCAGCAUUUCUCUGUAAAGGAUCAGACAGUAAGUAUUUUCAGCUCUGCAGACCAGAGGUCCCUGCGGCUACAGCGCAGACACAGCCACAGGCGUGGAAUUGAACGGCUGUGGCAAUGUUCCAAUAAAAACUUAUUUACAAUAACAGGUGGGGGCCAGAGUGGCCCACGGGCCGUAUUUGGUGAACCCUGUUCUAUGAGACCACCCAGGCUUCAGCCUUCAACAGUGGAAGCCAUCCCUGAAUGACAAGUCACAAGGGCAUCAAAGACCCCUGAAUUUUCAUGGAAAAAGCUAUCCAGACCCCUACUUGGAAAGCUAAGGCACACUGCCGCGAAGCAGCAAGGACGCCUUACAAGUCUCAGUGCAACAGAAACAGACACCUGGGCUGGGCUGGACAAUGUUUAAGGUUCCUUUUAGUCCAUGACUCGAGUUAAUACUGUUUUAGGCUAUCGGGUAGUAAACACGAUCUUAGACAUCCCCAUCUUCAGAAGCAGGACAGUGCGGCACCUCAGCACACCCGCUUCCCACCGUGCUGCAGAGCAGCUGUCUUCCCCUGCCAAUGUUUCAACCAGAGCAGCCGAUCGCACCUCCUCUCGUGUUGAGCCUCACGAUGGCUGACCCAGCGGGAAAGCCGGCGCCCUGCCGCACCGCCCUGACUGCAGAGCCAGCAUUCCAGCCACAGAGGGCCUCCUUCCUUUCAUCUUUUAUAAAAAUGUGUUUUGAAGAGUUAGAGUAUAUUUUAGGCUUUUUAUCUUUAUUAAAAUUUCAUGUGCAUGUG